AUGGACCCGAUCAGCUUGACGACGGGCGUGCUGGCCCUAAUUGGCACGUGUGUCACGGUUGGGACCAGCAUUCGUGCUUUCAUUGAACGGACUAAGAGCACAAAGGCGCUACUCAUACAACUACUCACGCGCGUUGAGCACACGCGAGUACAUUUGGCCAACCUGCGAAGCCUUACAGGUCGACUUGUAGGUCCGGAGGCUCGAGGUGUGCUGAUUCCAUUCGAUCAGGAUUCUUGUGAAGCGACGCUGCGAAAGCUACAGAGCUUGAUCGAGAAAAUCGUGGAUGCAGGCAACGCUGGGAAGCUGAAAGUGGCAAUAUCAUGGCUACAGGAGAAGAGCGUUGCCCAAGAUCUGGUGGAGGAACUUGCGGCGCAUGAGCGCAGUGUCAUGACGGCUAUGUCGGCCGUGGCGGCACUCUCGAGCGUGGUGACAAAAGAUGCAGUUGAACAGAUGAUCGAGAAGACGGAAAACUUGAUCGUCGAUGAGAAUCCGUUUCAAAAAGAUGACCAGCGACACGACCGACGCUCGCUUCUUCCAGUAUAUCAGGCACAUGCGCCCAAUUCUGACAAUCAAGUAUGGCUCGGACAGGUGACAAGAGAUGAGUUGACUCGAGAGCACCGAGUCGCGCGAGACGAGCUGGCGGACGCCGCGUAUAUGGGCCGAUGGGAUCUGGUGUUUGAUGUUCUAGACGAUGGCGUUCAACGAUUUCGAGAGCAAUGGAUCAAUGGGGCACGCCUCAAACCGUCGCACCAGUUCCGCCAGUUGUCGCUGUGGACGCCGCUGCACCAAGCUGCAUUUCUCGGUGCAUCCAUUGAGGUAGUUGCGCAGAUGCUGGAUCGUGGCGCUUUUCGAACAUUGAGAACGGCGUGGACCAACGAGCACGAGGGACUGACCUACCGUGACCAGACAGCUUCAGAGAUAGCCCGCGAUAUGGGCUACCAAGAGUUGUAUGCUCUGUUGUGUCCCAUCAUUCGCCACCCCUUACCAGGGCAAGUACUUGCUCGACUUCAGGAUCACCUUCACACACUCUUGAGGUCGCUUAUUAGUGAUUCGAGUCUGUCAUCUGUCCUUCGCUUUCCCGAAGUCAGCGUUCUGACAGAGCUCGACACACCGCUCUUGAGAUUCCCAAUCUUUUGUCAAGGAUCCCUCCUCUGGAAUUUCCAGAUAUUGCUCGAUGGUCGGGAACUGGUGGUGCGAGCCCUGCGACAUUCUGCCAGCGGUUCAGACGAGGAGUAUUUUCGUAUCAGUGAGAUGUCGAAGCACGCGAUUGAAGAGCCGGUCAUCACUACACAGUGA